GCGGCGAUGGACGGGCAGCCCCCGGCGGGCCCCGCCGCGCCGCGCUGGAGGCGGCGAGCGACCCCGCGCCCGCAGCCCCUCGCCUGGAGCAAGCUGCGGCCGCAGUCCUACCAGAGCCCCAGCGGAGUGCUCGUCACCGACUUCCCCGUGGAGGACAGGUGCGCCUUCCCCGUGACUCAGCCCGCCGGCACCGGCACCCGCUCGCCCGGCAGCCCCGCCAUGGGAUCGGUGUCCAACGGGACCGUGCGGCGCCGGGCUCCCCCGCGCUGUCCCCGGAGCGGCGCUCCCGGGCGCUCGCCCUGGCUCCGGACGGCCCCGUCGGUUCCACCGCCAACGGCACCAUCUCCCCGCCGGGCAGCGGGCAGGGCCGCCGGCCGCGGCGGGCCCCCGGCGGGGCCGUGCGCGGAGCCCCCCGCGCUGCUGAGCACGCACAGCCCCGCGGCGCGCAGGGUGGGCUCGCAGCAGCUGAUCCCCCGCAGCCUGGCCGAGAGCCGGCCCGCGGGCCACGAGCGGGGCCUGAAGGCGCGCAGCCUGGUGGAGACCCCGCGGCUGUCCCUGGGCAGCGACCCCGAGGACGAGCCCGAGGGCGGCCCGGGCGCGCUGCGGCGCGGGCUGCGCUCCACGUCCUACCGCCGGGCCGUGGUGAGCGGCGUGGACCUGGACGGCUCCGCCAACUGCAAGAAGCAAAACAGAAUGUCCCAGCCCGUCCUGAAAGCGGUGGUUGAGGAUAAAGAGAAGUUCUCGAGCCUGGGGAGGAUUAAGAAGAUGCUGAAAGGACAAGGGACAUUCGAUGGGGAAGAAAAUGCUGUUUUAUAUCAGAACUAUAAAGAAAAAGCUCUGGACAUAGAUUCUGAUGAAGAGUGUGAGCCCCAAGAGCAGAAGUUGGAUGACAAGGUUGUUUUUCCCUAUAAGCCCCUGAGGUCGACGUGGAGCCAGCUCUCUGUGGUGAAGAAGAACGGCCUGUCAGAAGCCAUCAGCCAGGAGGAAAGGAAGAGACAGGAGGCAAUAUUUGAGGUGAUAUCUUCUGAGCACUCCUAUUUGCUGAGCCUGGAGAUUCUGAUCCGGAUGUUUAAAAAUUCCAGGGAACUGAGCCUCACAAUGACCAAAACAGAGAGCCACCACCUCUUCUCCAACAUCACGGAUGUUUAUGAAGCAAGCAAAAAGUUCUUUGAGGAGCUGGAGGCCAGGCACCAGAGCAGCGUUUUCAUCGAUGACAUCAGCGACAUCGUGGCGCGGCACGCGGGCUGCAGCUUCGACCCCUACGUGAAGUACUGCACCAACGAGGUGUACCAGCAGCGCACCCUGCAGAGACUGCUAGCCACAAACCCAGCGUUUAAGGAGGUGCUGUCCCGGAUCGAGUCCCACGAGGAUUGCCGGAACUUGCCCAUGAUCUCCUUCCUCAUCCUCCCCAUGCAGAGAGUCACUCGUCUCCCCUUGCUGAUGGAUACUAUUUGCCAGAAAACCCCCAAGGAUUCAGCAAAAUACGAGAACUGCAAGCAGGCUCUGAAAGAAGUCAGCAAGCUCGUGCGUCUGUGCAACGAGGGCGCCCGCAAGAUGGAGAGGACGGAGAUGAUGUACACCAUUAACUCCCAGCUGGAAUUCAAAAUCAAGCCAUUUCCAUUGGUUUCCUCUUCACGGUGGCUGGUGAAAAGGGGUGAAUUAACAGCCUAUGUAGAAGACACUGGACUUUUUUCCAAAAGAACCUCUAAGCAGCAGGUGUACUUCUUCCUCUUCAAUGAUGUCCUCAUCAUCACCAAGAAAAAGAGCGAGGAGAGCUACAACGUGACGGAGCACUCGCUGCGGGAGCAGCUGCAGGUGCUGCCGUGCGCCGCGGAGGAGCCCGGCUGCUCUCCGGCCCGGGGCCCGGCCGGGAUGCUGCACUCGGGCCGCGCCCCGGGCCCCCACCUCUUCCGGCUCGUGCUGCUCAGCAACCACGCCGGGGACAGGGUGCAGAUGCUGCUGGGCGCAGAGACGCAGAGUGACAGAGCCCGCUGGAUCACGGCGCUGGGCCAGGACAGCGAGGGGCACCACACGGACAGGACCACCCUGGCCCAGGUGGAGAUCAUCAGAACCUACACAGCCAAGCAGGCCGAUGAGCUCUCUCUGCAAGUCGCUGAUGUCGUUUUGGUUUAUCAAAAGGUGAAUGACGGCUGGUACGAGGGGGAGCGGCUGCGGGACGGCCAGAGGGGCUGGUUCCCCUCGGAGUGUGCCAGGGAGAUUACCUGCAGGGCCACCCUGGACAAGAACAUGGAGCGCAUGGGCCGCCUGCUGGGGCUGGAAACCAACGUGUAGCCGGGUGCUCACCCCGGCUGGACAGGGGACAGCAGGGCCACAGCAGAGCCACAGCCCAGCAGCAGCACCCUGGAGCCCCACAGUCCCUGCUCUGACAGCUCCAGCUGAGCCCCAGCAGCAGCACCGUGCAGCAGUGUCUCGGGCACAGCUCUGCCUCCUUGCCCUCUUGCUCUGUCUCCUUUUGAGCAUCUGAAGUUUCCAGCAGCAGAAUUCUGUAGGGGCCGGGCCCCAGUGCUGGGUGUCCUGCUGCUGAGGAGCUGCAGCCCCAGACCCUGUUACUGCCCCUCGUGUCAGCACCCCCGUGGCACCUGAGCUCCAGUGAGCAGCUCUGGACUCUGUAAAGGCUGACCUACCUCUCCGGGCAAAUCAGGGAUGGCACAGCUGGCACAGCUGGCACAGGCACAGCUGGCACUGCCUCUCCAGGACGCUGCAGCUGCACCUCCAUGGGGCUGCUCAGACCGGCUCCCGGUUCUGCUGGGGCAAAGGAUUUCUGAAAGCCAGGAAAAGGCACCACCCUCUGCUGCUCCAUCCUAGCACAGGUACUUUGCUGCAGAGUAGCUGCUGGGAGUGGGGGCAGUGCUUUCUGGGUUUCUCAGGUGUCUGCUGAGAUCUUGCACUUCACUCAGUGCUUCAGGGCAGCGGUGAUGGAACAUGAACUGCACUCACUGCUCUGGGAACAAAUGCACUCAAGGCUGAGCAGAGUUCAGGGCAGGUUCAGAGAGGUGUGAGAGUGUGUGUGACAAAAACCCUCCCUUGUAAGGACCAGCUGCUGACUCAGCAGUGUAGAAAUGAGGGGACAACUUGUACUAGCAAGGCUUUCUUCCUGUUGCCUUCCCAGCCUCUGCUGGUUUUUAUCCUGCACAGUGCUGAUUGGAGUGGGGAGUGAAUUGAGUGUUUGUAAAGAUGUGUAGCUCUAAUAAUUUAAACUACAGUAGGAAGGCAGGAAUUUUGUACAAAAAUACUUACCUGGACAGUGUGACAGUGGUUAUACAGCCUUACAAAUUAAUUUAUAAGUGGACUGAUAAAAUAGUAAUGAGAGAAACUGUAAAUUGAACAAAGACUUAUUUAACAUAGUAAAAACACUGCGACUGUUUUAACAAAUUUUACUGUAUACAUGUGGAUGUUUAACAUGUAGCUGAAUGUAUAAAUCCAGGCAUUAAUUUUAUUCAGAUUUUUUAAUACACUAUAUAUUUUUCAUACCUAGUUUUUCAAAAAAUGCUGUAAUGUUUUGUAAAGACAUUUUUCAUUUUCCUAUUGUUGGACACAGUUCUUCAGGAAUUAAAAGACUUCUAUGAUUUUAUAGGACAACAAUCAAUAAAGUGCUUUUAAAUCCUUACUAAAAAAAGUUUUGAUUUUGUUUUAAAUGCCAUAAAGCCACCAGUUGAUAAUGUAAUUUUUGUCAGAGAAAGUAAAUCUCUUCAGCAAACAUUGGCAUUUUAGAUUUUCCUGUUCUGUAAAGAUAAACAGCACCAUCCUCUGUCCUACCUCAUCUGUCACAGAUCCCAUUUACCUGUUGGACUUGGAGCAGUGGCCUGGGACAGCAUCUCCUUGCUGACACACCGUUAAGAGGGAGAUGGGAAAGGUCUUCAGUUCCCUCUGCUUCUUGUAGUUUAGCACAGUUCAGCUGGAAGGGACCUUCAGCCCUGUGCAGUCCAACCCCUCAGGGCUGAGCCAGUGUUAAAUCCUGUUCCUGAGUGGUUUUAAACAUCACCUCUCCAGGGCCUCUUGCAGGCUCUGUCCAUUCCCCCAGUGAAGCUCUGCUCUCUUGUGUCCAGUCCAAACUCAGCUUUACCUGUGAACUCCCCAGCCUCCUGUCCCUGGAGCCAGGGCAGGGAGCUCAGCCCCUCCACACUAUUUCCAUUAGCAAAAAAUAGUCAUUUUUAGCACUGACUUCUCUAUUAGCACUGCUAUUGCAAAGGAAAUAAUCUGAAAACUCAAGCCCUUCAUCAGCCCCUGUGCACUCUGAACAGACACACAGACACAACUCUUUUUAACUGGAGGGGGGCAUUGCAGCAGUACCUCCUUUUUAGCUGGGAGCCCAGCAGUGACAGAAGGCAGCUGGGAGUUUGUCCCUGUAAGAUCAGCUCUGCUUUCUGGAAUGUGCUCCCUUCCUCCUGUAACUGCCCUGAUCAGGACACAAGUUGCCAACAGAAGGCUCUCAGGUGCCCAAAUGAAAUUUCCAAGGGAGUGGAGGUGCCUCUGUGUGCCUGUUCAGGACUCCACUGCACACCAGUGUGGGGUAAAGGACGUUUUGUGCAGCUGGCAGUGGCAAGGAGGAGCCUGGCACCCUCCAUCCCUUGUCAGCCCAGUGGAAAGCACCUUAUAGCCAGGAACUUCGACUUGUGGCACCUGAGCUGCUCUGCUUUCCUCAGAAUACAGCAUAAAUCCUCCUGAACCUGAUGAUUAAGGUCAUUUUUGCAAAGAAAAUUAAACCAACAAAACACCAAAGAAGGGAGAAAAGUUGUAUUUCCAGGCUUUUCUUUCUCAACCUCAAAAUCCUUAACAAACUGUCAUUCAAAUAAUCUUCCAUGACUGGAGACCAUUCAAAACAGAACAUUCAAAACAUUGAGAACAGUUGAAGUAAGACUUGCAAAGAAAGACUCUUAAUGGAAUACUAUAACCCAUACAUGAACUUCUUAAAAAAAUACAAAAAAACAAACCCAAAAAACUUCGAAUGCAAUGAAACCUUAACACACAACCCAACGUGACUUCCAUCCAACCGUGCUUUCAGCAAGCUGCACUUUCAGUCAGUAGUGAUGAUGGAUGGGGACAGAAAGCAAAGGAAGAUUAAUUGAAUGGGAUGAAAUGCAGAAAAGGAGAAGAAUUUCUGAAGAUUGUUUCCUCCCACCAUACAAAUUCAACAAGUGUUUUUAAGUUUAGUUAAAUUAAGCUGUGAUUACCUUCUGUGGAAGUGCUGGUGAGCAGACUGCUGCAAGCUGGAAUAACACAGCAAGUAUAAUUACUCACCACACCCCAUUAAAAGAAAAAAAAA